GCGAACUCCAGCCCAGACUUGUGCGAGGACGCCGGGCCCAGUCUGCGCAGGAUGACAGAGGUGGCUCUGUCUCAGCUGCUGGAGUUGGUGUUGGCCCUGGGGGAGGGCCAUCAGCUUCCCGAAGGCGCUGUGCGUCGGGACGAGCAAGCGCCCUGCAGUGGCAGCUGGCACUUGAUCCUGCGGGAGGAGGCCGCCAUGGGCAUCAAGGAGUUGCAGCUGCGCAGGGCCAUCC